GCUGGUCGCCUGCUGAUACGGAAAUUAAUUGCAGAAAAGUUGUGUAUACCUUGGAAUGAAAUACACUUGCAGAGGACAUCAAAAGGGAAACCUUUCCUGGCAAAUAAUGUCUUCAGUAUCUAUUCAAAUUACAACUUUAAUGUCUCUCAUCAAGGAGAUUAUGCAGUUCUUGCAGCUGAGCCUGAGCUUCAAGUUGGCAUUGAUAUUAUGAAGACUAAUUUACCAGGUAGUAGCUCAAUUCCAAAUUUCUUUCGCAUCAUGAAUAGACAGUUUACUGAAACAGAGUGGGGUGUAAUCAAGUCUAUGAGUAAUGAAUGGAUGCAGCUGGAUAUGUUUCAUCGACACUGGGCCUUAAAGGAAAGCUUCUUAAAGGCCAUUGGAGUCGGAAUUGGCUUUAACUUGCAAAGAAUUGAAUUUAAUGUGUCCCCAUUGCAACUGGAAAUAGGGAAGGUAUAUAAGGAGACAGAAAUGCUUCUGGAUGGAGAUAAAGAAGAAGAGUGGACAUUUGAG